GAACAGAUGACCUUGAAGAAGAAUUCCUCCCCAACCAAAGCAAAAGGAUCGCCCCUCAAAGGGAAGAAGAGGAUGUCUGAGUGCCCUUAUGUGGACAGUUCAUCCCCUUUAAAGAAGUUGAAACUAGAUAAAGGGAAGCGUAAACCUGUUGUGAUUAUUUUUGAAGAUGUAGAGAGUUUCCCAUCCCAUGUUCUCCAAGAUAUUAUUUUAAUAUGCAGGGAACAAGUAAGAAACAUUCCAUUUGUUUUUAUAUUUGGGGUUGCAACAACCAGCGCUGCCUUGCAUCGCAGUCUGUCGCAAGAUGCUUCGUCCUGCCUUGCCAUGGAAACAUUUCAAGCUCAGCCUUCUACCCAUUACCUCAAUGAAAUCAUUGAUAAUGUCCUUAUGUCAGCGAAAGUUCCAUUCCACUUGGGUGGCAGGACCUUCAAGCUCCUUCUGGAUGUCUUUCUCUACCAUGAUUUGUCUGUGAAGAAUUUCUCCCGAGCACUCCAGGUUUGUAUGUUGGAGCACUUUACAAGUAGUGCAGCAUCUGCCCUGUGUUGUCCAGCAGCCAGCAGAAAGCAAGUCAUGAAGGCCAUGAAGUCUGCAGAGCUGGAUAGCAUUCGCAAGUUACCCUCCUUUCGCACUUAUGUGGAGAGUUGCCCUCCGAAAGAACAGGCGGCCUUGUUGCUGGAUGAAAAAGAAACUAAGGGAAAAAUCUUGGAACUACUGAUGGAUCUGGAAUCUCACUAUGCACGUUUUUGCACCCUAGUAAAAGUUGUCAAUAUUCUCACAAACACACUGCCACGUUCCCCUCUUGGACGACAGGUGAGAGAGGUCCUAGCAACUUGCUUGUCCCACUCACUGGUGAAGAGAGAAGAGUAUCAGGAGGUUCAGAAAAUGUUGAAGCACCUCUCUAGAGAGGAAAUAACCCCCAUUAUCAGCAAAGCUCUGACUUUAUUGCGAGAUGAAGCAGAGGACGAUGAGGUCUUGGAAGAUUUUCAUUCUGACCUUAGCUUAAUUUUGGGUCAGCUUAAUAGUCUCAAUCAGCUCCCUGAACAGGAAACGAAGACAAAUGAGGCUUCUCCUGUGGCCAUUCAAGCUAAAGAUCGCUUUCAACUGAAGGAGAAAUUAUUGGAGAUGGCAACAAAGAACAAAAAGGCUAAUCCUUACGAAGAGGUGUGUUCCCAGCUUUUACAACUUUUGGACACUGUUUUCUCAGAACACUUAAAACCUCCAUCAAAAAUGCCCCUCCAUGAGGUGUUGUUUUUUGAUUCAUCCACUGUGAUCAAGAGGCAGUUGGUGGGAAUGACCCGAGGGGCAGUAACUACAGCUCUGGCUAAUCCUCAUCACUAUUUACAGUGUGAGUGCUGUGUCCUAGCUGAACCUUCAAAUAUUGUUACAAGUUUGCCAGAUGUGAGCGUGGCAUAUAAGCUUCACUUGGAGUGUGGCCGUCUCAUCAACCUGUACGAUUGGCUGCAGGCAUUCAUCUCUGUCAUUGAUCCAGAGGCAGAUACUUCGAGUAGAAAGAUUGACAAAACAUAUCAAGCACGGUUUGUGCAAGCACUCUUGGAACUGCAGUUCUUGGGCUUCGUCAAGCAGACCCGUCGUAAAACUGAUCACGUCGCCAGGUUAACAUGGGGCGGAUGUUGAAAUCUCUUGGAAAAGCAUUUAGCAUUAUGUUCUUGUAAUUCUUUUUUGUCAUGAGAACAUUGUUUUAUUUAAUCCAUGUGCAUUGAUUAAGACAGUAAAACAGUAAAGGUUCUUAAGAAUCACCCAGAAAUUAGCAAGUUCAAACUUUUGCUUUAUGUUUGGAAAGAAUCAUAGUUGAAAUGCUUUGGCUGUGAAAUUUGAAUACACUAUACAGGUUGCUCAUCUAUUAUCCUUUUAUGCGCUGCAUUUUUUAGUGAGUGUUAUUUUUUAUAUAUCAACGUUUUUACUACUUUUUUAAAUUAAGAAAUAGCUUUUUUAUUGCUCAAGAAACAGAAAUCACAUGUAAGUGAUGAGUUGAAUAAGUUUGGAUUAUACCCAUCUGAAAAUUUUAGUUUUUUGUAAUUGUUUUAAUGAUAGUUGCUAGUACCUUUUAUGUAUAUAAAAAAUAAAAAUAAUUUUUG